GUUAUUGUUUUAGUAAUGUUUUACUUAAAUAAAUAUUAUAUUGAUGUGAAUUUUUUUAGGAUAAUAAACAAUUCAACUUUUUUGGUCAACUCAUUAUCAUCUUCCAAGAGUUCCAGCCUUCAAAAUGUUCAAGCCUUGCCUCGACUACUACAUCGUCCAGGAACACAGAAAUAUUACAUUAUUUUACCAAAGAACACUGUAUCUGCAGCUGUUCCAUCACAAACCCAGCUGGUGACAUCAAUAACUGCUUCACCUGCACUUAAAGUAUAUCCAUCACAAAACCAACUACUGAUGAAAACAAAGACUUCUUCAGUAAUCCCGAAAAUUAGGAUGCCAUCAAAUAUAAAAAUUAUGAUGUCAACAAAUACUGUUGGAUCUGCAUCUCCAACUUCAAUGAAAGCAAUCCCAACCAAAUAUCUACUAAAUCACCCGACAACUUUGUCAAAUGUACAUUCAAAUGCACCAGUCGUAACCCAGAGUGAAUGUGCCUCGCCCACAUAUGUUAAUCCUUUCGACUAUACUCCUGACGUAAAAAAUACUUCAUCAUCCAUUGGCACACAAAAAAUAGCCAAUGUAACAAAAAACGACCAAAAUUUAAUGCAGGAAAAAGUAUUCGCUUGGACCUGUAAAAUUUGCAAGCAAGAAUUCCAUGAAAAAGAACUUCUUCUGGAGCAUUACGAAAUGCACAAGAAUAACACAGAUCAGCUUGGUGAUAUCGACGAAAAUAACGAUGCAUAUAACAUUAGUGGCAAAGAUGUAACUUGUCCAAUUUGUUUGACGACCCAUAUUAAUAUAACUUGCUAUCAACAACAUGUUGGUAGUAAACACAAACCAAAAGACCAUAAUUGUGAUAAGUGUAAACAGGCUUUUACUGACGAAUUUGACUUGAGUGUACAUAAUACCACGCACAAUCAAGAUCUAGAAUGGUACGAGUGCGUGAUAUGCAAAAAGUUUCGAACAAAAAACACCAAAUCCUUAUACGAGCAUAUAUUCAUAGAGCAUGUCAAAGAAGAAAUGUAUUGCAAUGAAUGUGACAAGACAUUCUUAUCGAAGACGUGGUUCGAAGGUCAUAAAAUAUUUCACGUAGACAUUAAUAAAGGGGAUACAUAUAAAUGUGGCCGAUGCGAAUCUACUUUCACGUCGAACUAUUCGUUGAUGGAACAUAUGCAAGAAUCCCAUACCAAAUACAAAUGCAAUCAGUGUGAUGUAACCUUUCCCUACAAGCUAAAUUUAGACAGACAUAACAGCCAUGUGCAUUCAUAUGAAAGACCGUUUCUUUGUAAUGAAUGUGGGAAAACAUUUACAAAAUUAACCAAUCUUAGGAAUCACGAAAUAAUCCAUAAAGCAGGGAGCUAUGUUUGUUAUGUUUGUGGUAAAAUAUUUAAAAAGAAAGAAGGCUUUGACAUUCAUAUGAGAGGUCACACUGGGGAAAGACCAUAUAAAUGCAAUUUCUGCGAUAAAGCUUUUGCUCACAAGAGCGAUUAUAACACACAUAAUAAGAAAAAACAUGGCGAGAGACCAUAUCCUGGUUCCGAUAGUAAGAAAUCUUCCUUCAAUGGAUCCGCUCAAAAGAUACGUAUGCGAGUCCAGACCAAGGAGAAACCAUAUUCUUGCUUCGAAUGUAACAAAUCUUUCUCCAAUACAUCCUUUCUUACGAUACACAUGCGAGUCCAUUCCGGUGAGAAACCAUAUUCUUGUUCCAUGUGUAAGAAAGCUUUCUCUCAGUCAACCAGUCUUAAAAUACAUGAGCGAAUUCAUACCGGCGAGAGACCAUAUCCUUGUUCCGUCUGUGAGAAAGCUUUCAUCAAUAGAGCGGCUCUUUCGAGACAUGCGCGAAUCCAUAGCGGGGAGAAACCAUAUCCUUGUUCCAUAUGUAAGAAAGCUUUCUCCCAGUCAACCAGUCUUCAGGUACAUAUGAGAAUCCAUACCGGGGAGAGAUCAUAUCCUUGUUCCAAAUGUAAGAAAAAGUUUAUUACCAAAGCCAUGAAAGAUAAACAUGAGAAAAAGUGUAUGUAAUAAUUUUAAAUGCUUGCGAGCAAGCAAGUAACAGUGAUUUAACCUAGCCUGAGAGACUUGCUCACUCCUUGAGAAUGACUUUCACAUUAACUCAUGUCUGCUCCAAUGCUCCAGACCAUCCACUUCCCCCCCGAUAGCACUCUGGUGCGGUACAGGGGAUCUCAAUCAGCAAAAUGCUUAUCACAUUAGAGUCCUAGGUACACGGACUCCCACAUGAAAUCCUACCUCGAUCAAUGCAGGCCAGCGUGAGGUGCUCUAUUCCCUAGCUAUCUCUCGUGACUUAUCUUCGAUCUGUAUUGCUUGCUCGGGCGCCCGGGUCCCUGCUCUGGGCUAAGUCCAGUUCGGCGCUCGAAGAUAUGGGCCCCUCUUGCCCGUUUGUGGGAUUGGUUAGUAUUUUUUUGGGGCCGAAGCCGUCUUUUGAGUUUUUUUUUGUAGAAUUAAUUCCGUAGUUUUAAAUAUGUUUUAUUGCUCUUAAUAAAAAAAUUUUUAUA